UCAAUCCCAUAAAAGGAUUGGGAGAUUAGAUGAUGCCAAGGUGUCCCCUUCAGCAAUGGCACAGGUGUGAGCUCCCCAGCAAAUCACUUCCCCCCUGCCACAUCUUCCUUUCCUUCUCCUCUAUUAAGCCCCCAUUUGCUACGUCUCCUCCUCUGCAGUAGCUGGUAGUUGUCCAUCCACACCGUCUUGUCGUUCCCAGGGCCAUAGGAUUCUAUCUCUUUCUUCUUCUUCUUGUUCCUUGAGCCUUGUUGGUCGGGUCAUUUUGUGCCAUCGGUGGAUCGGCAUGGCGAGGAAGUGCUCGAGCUGCGGGCACAAUGGCCACAACUCGAGGACCUGCAGUGGCCACAGAGGCAUGGAGAGCGGCGGGCUGAGGCUGUUCGGGGUGCAGCUGCACGUGGGCUCUGCUGCUGCUGCUUCGCCUCUGAAGAAGAGCUUCAGCAUGGACUGCCUCUCGUCGUCGUCGUCAGGGUCGGCGUACUACGCGGCUGCUGCGGCGGCGGCCGUUGCUGCGUCGAACUCGGCGUCGACGUCCGUGUCGUCGGCUUCGUCGUCGCUGGUGUCGGUGGAGGAGAGCGGCGAGAAGAUGGGCCAUGGCGGGUACCUCUCCGAUGGGCUCAUGGGCAGGGCCCAGGAGAGGAAGAAGGGGGUCCCGUGGACGGAGGAGGAGCACCGGAGGUUCCUGGCGGGGCUGGAGAAGCUGGGCAAAGGCGACUGGCGAGGCAUCUCCCGGCACUUCGUGACGACACGCACCCCGACGCAGGUGGCCAGCCACGCCCAGAAGUACUUCCUCCGCCAGGGCGGCCUCGCCCACAAGAAGCGCCGCUCCAGCCUCUUCGACGUGGUCGAGAAUGGCGGCGGCACGGCGCUCAAGGACGAGGCGAGCUCUGUUGUGAGCGUGGAGGGGUUGGGAUUGUUCCCUGCUUUGUCUCUCGGCGGCGCGCCGUCAGUUACAGGACACCACGCGCCGAAGCCGCCUGCUCCUUUCCGAGUGGCGAAUGCGAGUGCGAGCCCGUGGCAGGCGCCUGAUCUGGAGCUGAAGAUCGCGACGGCGGCACGGAAGGCCGAGGACCGGCCCGGUCCGUCGCGGAGGACGCCGUUUUUUGGACAGAUCAGGGUCACCUAAUAAUGAAAAAGAAGAAGAAGAAAAAACAUGGUCGAUUUGAGGAGAUGUUUGAGAAAGAUUUAGGUUUGUUCAUAGACGAUGAAGGCGAAGAAGAUCAUGGCAGCUUUUGCUAGUGGCGUAGUAGUUCUAUGUCAGUCAAUAUGCUAUUGCGUGUACAUGUUGCAUGCUGGCAUUAAGAAUGCCAAUCCAUCGGUCGAUCCUGUAUCAUCCUCAGAAGAUGAAACUUUACUGGCCUAAUUUAGCCAUGCAAAUAAACAGAAAGGGCUCUACCCAGUACCCACCCGAUCAAGUUCGCAUCACCUUUGCCAUCUUUAUGUGGACACAAAGGCAACGGACGACAUGGUGAUGGUUUUGUUUUUUUCGCCGGACAAGAUAUUGAUAUGAGCCCACAAUAUUCAGUCA